GCCAGAUGUUCUAAGAUGGCCUCAAAAAUAAAAUUCAAAAUUUCUGUCUCUGUUUUCUACAAUAUUACAACGAAGAUGUGAGAAAAGAACUACCAAAACAAUGUGGAAUGGAUAGACUUUGCCAUUGAGCAAACGUAUGUGGUGAACUGUAGUGGAAUUUACCUCAAAAACAGUAGAUUUGAAGGGUGAGAUUUUGAACAUUUUAUUUGUUUCCCUCCAAAAAUCUGAGAAAUAAGACAGAAUCAUGAACAGGAUGGAAGUUUGCUUUGUUUGUGGUUCUUAUGGAGCCGAAUGGGACAUUUACACAAAGCCAAGAAAUAAAGGAUCCUACUUUGCUUUCCUUGAGCACCAUGACCCACCCCAGGGAUGCUCCAAACCAAAUAAGGAUGGUAUUGUUAAAAGCUGUAAUCUUUGUUAUGCAUUUCUGAACCAGCAAUGGGAUUCAUUUGAAAAAACAAAUACUCCUAUGGUUAAGAGAUUAUACUGGCUAAAACGUGCAGAUGAUGGACAGUUCACAGGGGCCGAGAUGCGAUUACAGGGUGAAUAUGCCGCACAAGUGUUAGGAUUACAGUAUCACCCGAAUGUGUAUGAUGGUAGAAUGCAGCCAGGUUUAGGCCAACCUAUGAUUCCUGUAUCCCCAUCAGGGUCAAUGCAAAUGAUAAGUCCACAGCCUGCAGCCCAGCAGCCAAGGCCUUCAGGGUACCCAGGUGGGAGAGAAUUAACUGGGGCUCUGGAUCUAACUGUUGGACGACCAGCCCCUAAAGAGAAAAAAGCGACCCUCCCUCAGGAACAGCACAAAUCCAGAUCACAGCGAAGUGAACCAGAAUCCAAGAAGAUAGCUUGCUAUGUUUGUGGGGUACACAACCAAGAUUCAAGCAUGGUUUAUGUCAGCUCUGCGAAACAAUCUGAAGGAGAUCCCUUCUACCCAUUCCUAGCACAUAUACAACCCCCUAAAGGUGCUGAACCACUCACACGUCAAGCCUAUGCUAAAGUUUGCAGUGGUUGUCGCAAAUCCUUACUGAUACAAUGGAAGACACAUGAAGCUAGGGGCACUUCAAUAUUGCAGCGAUUAUACCGAAUCAAUGAGAACUCCUAUGGAGAAUCAGCUCCCUCGUCAAAGCCUGAGAAAUCCGAGCCAGACACAAGACCAGAAGUGUGUUACUUGUGUGCAAAUGAAUUCCAAAGAGACACUAUGAAAAUCCUAUAUACCAAACCUCCAACUGGGGAUAGCCGACAUUCAAUGUUCUUUCCAUUUGUCGCAGCUUUACAACGUCCUAGAGGAGCAACUAAUGUUGAUUUAGAAGGUCGUGUGAGAUCAUGUCGCACAUGCUAUAGUGGAUUACAACGACAAUGGGAAAUGUAUGAAGCUCAGAAGGUUUCCCAUACCCAUAGACAGUAUCAACUUCGUCCAAUAACAAAUGACCAAAAUGAACAACCAAUGAAAUCCUUGCUUAACAUACCAAAACCAGGUGCUAUUUUGAAAAGUGGUCCAGCCGCAGGAAGUCCCAGCUUAAAUCAACCACUAAACAUUAAAAUAAGGUCAUCAAGUCCAGCCACUGUCUUGAGCAGUCCUGCCCAGGGGCUUCUAGCUAUUGCGCCCCCAGUUCCUCUGCCAUCUACGGUCCCAACACACCUACCUCGAGAUCUGCCCCCUAGACCACUUGAUCUGCCGCCCAGGUCUUUGGACCUACCCCAAAGGUCAAUAGAUCUUGCCCCAAGGUCGCUUCAUCAAACCCUAAAUGUCCCAAUCAAUAUAAAGAAAGAAAAAGAUGAUAUUUGUAUUAAGCCUGAUCCUGUAGUAACAACAGCUGUUCAGGAUUCAAGUUCAGCUCUGAGGAUAUGCUACAUAUGCGGUUCAAAGUGUUCUGGAGGACGUCACUAUAUUCUUAGUUGUUAUCCAGCCAAAUCGGAAACUGGGACAAGCUCGCCAUUUUUCCCAUUUUUGGCAAAUCGUGAUCCAGCUCCCAAUGCUGAGAAAAUGACUGCAGCGGGGACAGCCUAUGCCUGUAGGUAUUGCUACUUUAAUCUGUUACGUCAGUGGAGUGACUUCGAAGCCUCGCAAGAUCCAGCACAUUCAAAUCGCUGGGUACGGAGAUAUAACAUCAAGGAUUACACAUGCUAUCUUUGCGUUAAAGUAACAAGUAGGAAAUAUGUACGGACAAUCUCAAUACGAAGAUAUCCCUUUCUACGCAACCUCUCACAGCCACCUAAUGGUAUAAUUGUCAUCACGGACAGUGAAAGUGUUGUCGUUUGUGCAGACUGUGAUAAAAGUCUAGCCAGCCAGUUUGCAAAGUUUGACCAACAGGGGACACCACUGGAUCAAAGGAGGUACCAGCUGCCCAGUGGCAAAGCUUUGGAUGAAAGUCUUGAUCCAGAGGUCUCCAAACCACUGAAGUUGCUUAGCAACCUAAGUGAUAUACCUAGCAACAAUGACCAUGACACAAACCAAGACAGUUACCCUAGCAACAAAGAACACAAACCUACCAGCAACAAUGGGUCAUGUGAUGGUGAUACCCGUAACCAUGACAACCAGGACUUCAUUGAUGUGGAGGGGGAUGAAGGGCUACCCCCCUCAAGUAAGCCCCCGCCCCUGACAGCCAUGAACUCAAAUGGGAAGCCCCAAAGGACAACAGCUACGGUACCCCCUUUGAACCAAAUAUCACCAGGCUCAUCAUUAGGUUCAAACAACUCGGCAAUGCAAGCAACAAGAAACUCAAGUUUUUCCGCAAGACUUCGAAACCUCGCCAAACAAGCAGUUGAACCAGCAGAUGCUCGUGAAGCAGCAGCAAGGGAACGUGAUGUGUCACCUCAAGGGAGUACUACAAGUCCAAGAGAAUCUACCCCCAAACGAGGCCCUCCUCCUCUAGUAUACAACAGUCAUAGCCAAUCAUCAUCCAGUAUUACUUCACCUCCUGUGGUAACCAUAGCACCAACACCGUCCCACAACAGUCUCUCUCUGAGCCAUGAUAGAAAGGCGUUAGAGAGAUCCAGCGUAAUCAGUCGUCAUAGCAGCUCAUCAUCAAUCACAGACAGAGAUCAUAAAACUCAUUCAGUGUCGCCUCGUGAGGAAGAAAGGGCAAGGGAAACCACUCCUAAAGGUCCUACUCCCUUCUCAAUCUCAAGUCUGGCCACUCCAAGCAGCUCUACUCGUGAAGAUCCCAUGUUCAGGGGGUUCCAGCCUUAUCGCCCAGGGGAGGAGUUCCGUCCACCCACAUUCCCCCACCCAUAUGCUCUAGACCCUGCAGCCUUGGCAUACCACCAGGCCCUCAUGGCGCAACAAGCCCUACAGCAUCAGGCAGCUUUCAGUGACCCACUAUUACUGGAGAGAUAUCGUAUGAUGGCGCCACCUUUCAUGCCCUAUAGCCAUCCUGGCUUCCUUCCGCCUACUGGCCUUUUCCCGAUGCAUCCCUCAGCUGCCGCAGCCUACCCUCCCGAGUUGCUAAGACAACAGCUUGCUAUGAUGUCACCAGGUCUUCUACCCCCAACAGAACAUAGGUCACCGGGGGCGUCUACUGUGGAAAGGCCAAGAUCGCGUGAGGAACUAAGACGUGAGGACCGUGAGCAUUCAGAAAGAAUGAGAGAAACUGAGAGAACGAGAGAAUAUGAGCGAGAUCGAGAAAGACGUAACAGUCUUCUCCUUAGAGAGGCAGAACAUGAGAGAGAUCGAGAAACAAUCAGUAGAGAAACUCGACAAAGUCCAAUUCAUCAUAGUCCUCGAGCCUCCAAAUAUGAAGAGCUUGCAAGAACCUCCAAAUAUGAAGAGCUUGCAAGAACCUCCAAGUAUGAAGAGCUUGCAAGGACAUCCAAAUAUGAAGAUCUCCCUAGAAACUCCAAAUAUGAGGAGCUCCCCAGAACCUCCAAAUAUGAAGAGCUCCCUAGAACCUCCAAAUAUGAAGAACUCCCUUUAGCUCAACAAGGCUCUAUAACACAAGGAACACCAUUCGACUAUAGAGUUCCCAACCAUCACAAAGAAACUGGAAUCAUGCGCAAAAUUGAAGAAGAGGCUCGUAUCCAGGAGCAACAGCGGUUGGCCAGUAAAAUGAAUCGUGAUGAGAAAAAAUAUGAAAAUCGUGAUUCAGACAAAAGAUCUCAAGAACACAGUUCAUCAUCAUUGGCCAAAGAUUUGUCACUAGGCAACCGAAAUCACACAGACAAUAGAGACAUCUAUAGUUUACAUUCAUCAAUAUUAUCAUCAAAACCUGAAAAUAAUCAUAAACUCACAUCUGUGAAUUCGGAAUUCUAUAGACCAUUUGAAAAGGGUCUUAAAAAUGGAUAUGACGAGAAAGGCUUAAUGGAGUAUGAACGCAGACUUAUGAAUGAGAAGAUUCUUGCAGAGGACCGAGCGUUGUAUAAUCAUGCAAGACUACUGCAUAACCAUGUGGACAGUGUUAAACAUCCAAGUCAAUUAGAUAUACCAAAGUCAGAAAUAAGCAGAUCUCACAAAGAUAAACACACAGAAGGCCUGGGACUUUUAAAGCAUCAACGUGCUCAUCAUGCAGACGCACAGAUUAAAAGGCCCCCUAGUGAUACUGAAAGACCCCUUCUCAACAACAUGAUCUCUGCCCAGCCAUAUAUAUCUGGCUACCCUCUCAAGCCUUACAAGCACACAGAUGUAAAACCAACUGAUCUCAGAUAUAACGAACCUGCCAGUAUUGAUGCUAGUAUAAGGGGUCUUCCUAAAAGGGCUCCUUCAUCUCAGGAAUAUGAUAAAAUGUUAAGUGCUGAAGCCCCUUCACAGCCUGGUGUCAGUAAAUUAGAUCUCCAAGAGAAAGAAAUCCGAGAAGCAAGGUUAAAUGGCACUUACGUAAGCGAUGAUGAAAACUGUAGCGACACAGACUCAAUCAUAAGUGAAGGUGAGAAGAAAAGACAAAAGUUGUUACUUGUUGCAUCUGGACCUCCGAUGAAACUGGAGAAAUCCCCCCAGAAGUUAAAAUUGUUUAAUUCCAUAGGAUUAGCUACACAAGCUAAGAAAAGAGAUAUAGAAUUCCAACAUAAAAGAAAGAGACGAAAGAUCUACCGGGAGCCAAGUGUGAGCCCAGUUGAAUUAGCAGAACCAGAGGAACCCCCCAUGAGCCCCCUGACAUCGAGUUACACCCCAGAUGAGUUGAACUGGGAGACAGAUGUACACUAUAAACGUAGUUAUCUAGCCAUGUUGGGCCUCAGACAAGUGUCAAGUGAUGAGAGAAAAGUUCUGGGUGAGUUACAAGAAGCAUGCUUAGAAGAGAGACGUAGAAGACUAGGACUUCACCCUGUGGAGAAGGCACCAGCCCACAAUUCAACAAAGCAGAAAGAUGAAAAACCUGUGAUUGGUACAAAGAGGAAAGUGGAUGGUGAAUCUGCCACUGAAGAGUCUUUACAAAAGAAGCAGAUCUCUCUAGCACAACUUCAGAAGCGCCAUUUAGAGGUUCAGAGAGCCCAACAACAGCAGUCUCAUGCACAUAGCAACCAUUCUCAUCCCCAUGGCAACCAGCAACAACUCCAUAGCAACCACUCCAUCCCUCAAAGUAACCAAUCUCAAAGCUAUAACAACCGUCCUGGUAUCAGUAGUGACCUUUCUAAAGGUGAUGGUAAACAAUCUCAAGCACCUAGCAACCAUACAUAUCCCUAUAACAACCAGUUGUUACCCUCUCAGAGUAAACAAUCUCGACCCACAAGUAACCCUUCCCAUAACAACCAUAAUAUAUCCAACAACUCAUCUCGUGCUACAACUAGUGCUCCUUCCCACUCUUCAAAUCAGAACCAUCUCCAUAGCAACAGUGUCAGUCAUCGAAGCAACUCAGAGAGCUCAUCUCCCCAUAGCAACCACUCACAAGGAAAGUUGGAAAACCGGGCAGUGAUAUUUCCAGAAUCAAGAGAAAAGAAUCGUGUGAUGCCUCGAGACUUUGCCCAAGAGUUUCAUGAGUCUGUCCUGCAAUCAACGAGACUACAGAUAGCAAAUAGUCAGUCAGAUAAGCGGAGAACUGACCCGGUGAGGUAUAGUUUGGAACAGCUUCCCCGCUACACACACACCCGGGAGACAACCCCUAACAAGACUGACAUCCCUAGCACACCCGAUCUCUACUCACACUACAGCAAAGAAACCAUUCUGAAGGAAUAUAGGGAGAGUUUGAUACGAGAGAAUCGAUACAAUAGGGAUUCCUUCAAGAAAGAGACAAAUGAUUUAUAUAAGCCCAAAUAUAGAGACAUAGAAAUGAAUAAUUACUCGAGUAGAGACCACAGCAGAAUAAAGAGCCCAAGAGAUGAAAUCGCUGUAAAUCAUGUUAAGCCAGAAACAUCGAGAAAUUUCCCAGAAAGCCAUAAAGCUGGACUAGAAAGCCAUAGGAAUACAUUUGAAAGCCAAAGGUCUUUGGGGGAUGAGCGUCAAAAUGCCAACGAUGUAAGAAACAACCAUGAGAGUCAUAGAUCACCCUUGGACCUCCAUAGAUCUCCUCUUGAUCCUAGAUCAGCUGGAGAAAAUUCUAGAAAUGUUGGUGAAAAUUCUAGAACAGCUAGGGAGAACUCUAGAACUGCAGUUGAAAAUUCUAGACAACAAUUAGACAGCAAUGCCAAAUAUAUUUUGAAUAGCGCUCAUAGUCAGUUACAGCGCGACCGGGAAGAACUUAUGCGUCGUAAUCGCGAGAAAGAACAAGCAUAUCUCAACCAACUUAGUAAAGAUCAUUAUAAACUGACGGUAGCUGAUAAAAGUGAUCUUUACAAGGAGUAUUAUAGGAACCAUGAAGCAUUGAAUGAUUUACAUAGGAGUAUACCUAAAUCCAGUUUGGGGUCAAUAGAUCCAUUACGAUCAAAAGAAUCAUCCCAUAGUCAAGAUUUAAGACCUCCCAUGUUAACAAGAGACUCCUACUCCAAUCACCAUGUUGAACCUAAACCUGAUGCUUUACGUGAUGUGAAAAAGGAAAUGGCUGUUCACCCUGCUGCUAUGCAUCCUGCGAUAGACCCAUAUCGCCGUGGUGAUGCCCCAUUGUAUGAUAAUUCUGCUGCUAUGCGCUGGCCUGGCAUAGAAGUUCUAAUGGAGGCAUAUAACAGGCAACAGGCCAGGGAGUCAUCUAGCUCAGAGGUGCCAUCUGAACUGAAUAAUAAUGACAAAAAAUGCUGAUAGAAUAUGACUAAGAACAAAGAGGUAAUCUCUUAAUGAUACAUGAACGUACUUUGGCAAUAGAUGAUCAGUACAGUAUUGACCUACAACUACACUGGAGUACAGUAUUGACCUACAACUGUACACUGGAGGCAUUGUGGUAGCAAAAAUGACUGGGAGGCAUGCUGGCAAUAAUUCAGU